CCUUUCCGCUACUUUUGAGAUCAAAAGUUCCGUUACUGUUUCGGUUUUUACUUUUUCUAGGUGGCUUAACCUGUCUGCUGUCUGCUUACUGUUUACUGUUACUGUUUGAAAAGGCCAAAGUAAAGCAUCGUUCAAAGCUUGGAAAUCUCGUACCUGUCCACUAUACCACCUACUCCUUACUCCCAAGGGAAACAUCGUGAGAAAAAAACAUGGAUUCAGAUUCUGGAGUGUUCUCAAUUGGUAACGGUCAACUUAAAGAUUUAGCACUUGUCGCUCAUGGCAUUGAUUAUGGCUUAAAAGAAAUUGAAGCAGCUCUUAGUUCCAUUGUGAAUUUGUUGCCCAGUGAAGAAAACCAACCCGAAGCUUUAGAAACCAUGAACUCAGUGCAACAAGAAGUCCAAGAGAUUGAGGAAAAAACAAAUCAGAUGCUGAUUGAACUGCAAAAGAUGCUUGCAUCAGGCCAGCAGGAAGAAGAAAAGGCAAAGGAAAGUAACAAGGUGAUAGAAAAGGGCAUGUUAGAGAUGGAAAGCAUGUUGGAAAAGUUUGGGUACGAUGGAUCCGAAAUGCCAGCAUAUACUCCUCUCAAUACUGAAGAUGCAAAUGCAAGUGUACCUCUAGAAGAUUCAGAAUCUUCAGAAGAUGAACUACCUGUGGAAAAUGAAGAAAGUGACCAUUCACCUACUAGUUUCAUGCUUCAGAAAAAUGUGCUGUGCACACCAGCUCUGCGGGCGUCACGGUCAAGGGUGGAGACCAUGGCUGGAGCUGAAAUAACUCCUUUAGUUUUGUCUUCAAAGUUACUUAGUGCAAAUGAUCCUAAAUCGACAACUAAGCAGGUGCGUGUGAGUCCAAAAAAACCAUACUUAGUUAAAUCACCAUCCCUUUCUAAAGAUCUGACAGAUCAAAAUGUAGAGAAAGAAAGACUUCAAACAAAGUCAGCUGAUUUGGCAUUGUCCCGACCAGUUCGCCCAGUAUUAAGUACUGUCAGUUUCUUGUGAUAUUGUUAAAGCACGGUCUAUUUCGGUUUUAAUUGUUUCUCCUUUUCUAUGUCAAUAAACAUUGUAGUAAGGCUGAA